AUGGGAGGUGGAAAAGGGAAGAAACAGCAGAAAACAGUUUCGGGCGAAUUAUCUGCACCAAAUAAUUUGGCUCCUCUUCAACCUCUAACUUCUGCUGAAGCUCAAAUCCAAGUUCAAAAACCAGCUGUCCAGCGUCCAAAAUAUGCACAAAAUAUUGUGAGUUUUUCAGAAUUCUGGGGAAAAUAAAUACUUUUAAAUUUUUAGAGUGCCGAAGUUGAGAAGAAAACCGAAGAUUUCUCAAAUGAUUCGUUUUCCGGGGAACAGUUUACAUCAUUUGGUGAACGAAAAACUGAGAAAGCGAAAUCAGAUUCAAAAGAAAAACGAAAUAAUAACAAUGGAUAUAAGAAGAAAAAGAGUUAUAGAAAAUUUGCUCUUCGACCACUCGAAGCUCAACCAACCAAACAAUUAACAGAAGACAUCGAAAUCAUCGAAUAUCACAUUGAAGCCAAUAAUUUUUUACCAUUCUUUGGUCCAAACCAUUUCCUAUCAGCACUAUAUCCUGUUGAAAUCAACGUUGAUGGACAUUCUUAUAAUUCAGUCGAACAUUAUUAUCAAGCAUGUAAAGUAUUCACUUUGGCUGGAAAAGAUACUGCACAAUUGCUUAGGACUGCAACAACACCGAUUGAAGUUAAACAAGAAGUUAAGAAGAUUUUGAAAGAUAGAAAUAUCGAAAAGGCGAAUGUUGGUGGUUUUAUAUUUUGAGAAGACUCAAUUUUAAAUUUGAAAUUUUCAGAUUGAAAAAUGGAAACGAUUAGACAGUUUCACUGUUUUGGAACAUGCAAUUUAUCAAAAAUUCAAGCAAAACGAAGAGCUUCGUAAAAAAUUGCUCGAUUCUCAAGACAAAAUUUUGGUUCAAACUUAUAUGGGUGACAAUUUCUUUGCGGCAAAUGCGACUGUCAAAACAACAACUGAAUGGAUGUCUAAAAAUGCUGGACAAACUUUGAAUGUUCCAAAGAAAAUCGAUAAUUCGACUUUUGAAUAUUUUCCGAUUGUUGUGAAUGGCAAAAAUAUGUUGGGAAUGAUCACGAUGAAGGUUGGUUUAUGACUCACAUUUUUAGACUAUUUUCAAAUUCAGAAAUGAAAAACAGGGCUCUUUUUACGUGAACUCGGCUCAUUUGAAUUAAUUUCUCAAUUUUUCCAGGUUCGUGAACAAAUUCGCUCGGAGCUCUAA